AGCCAAUAGGCUGGGGUGGUCACCGGCUGUUGCCCAGCUAUGGCCAGCCUGCUCCGGGCUGCAACUUGGGGGAUGUUCCCCUGGAGGGGCUACUGCUCCAGGGGGACGCAGGGUGAACUCAGCGAGGGCUUUGUGGAGGCUUUGAAGGCAGUUGUGGGGAGCCCCCAUGUGACUACUGCUGCUGUGGUCCGGGAGCAGCACGGGCACGAUGAGUCAAUGCACAGGUGCCAACCUCCGGACGCCGUGGUGUGGCCCCAGAAUGUGGAGCAGGUCAGCCGGCUGGCAGCCCUGUGCUAUGGCCAAGGCGUGCCCAUCAUCCCAUUCGGCUCGGGCACCGGGCUUGAGGGUGGAGUCUGUGCCGUGCAGGGCGGCGUCUGUGUCAACCUGACCCACAUGGAUCGAAUCCUGGAGCUGAAUCCGGAAGACUUCUCUGUGGUGGUGGAGCCCGGCGUCACCCGCAAAGCCCUCAACUCCCACCUGCGCGACAGCGGCCUCUGGUUCCCUGUGGACCCAGGUGCAGACGCCUCUCUCUGCGGCAUGGUGGCCACCGGCGCCUCGGGCACCAACGCUGUGCGCUACGGCACUAUGCGCGACAACGUGCUGAACCUGGAGGUGGUGCUGCCGGGAGGGCGGCUGCUUCACACCGCGGGCCCGGGACGUCACUUCCGGAAGAGCGCAGCUGGCUACAACCUCACCGGGCUGUUUGUGGGCUCCGAGGGGACGCUGGGCCUCAUCACGGCCGCCACACUGCGCCUGCACCCUGCCCCUGAGGCCACGGUGGCUGCCACCUGUGCCUUCCCCAGCGUCCAGGCGGCCGUGGACAGCACCGUACACAUCCUCCAGGCUGCAGUGCCCGUGGCCCGCAUUGAGUUCCUGGAUGACGUCAUGAUGGAUGCCUGCAACAGGCAUAGCAAGCUGAACUGCUGCGUGGCGCCCACGCUCUUCCUCGAGUUCCACGGCUCCGAGCAGGCGCUGGCAGAGCAGGUGCAGCGCACAGAGGAGAUCAUCCGGCACAAUGGAGGCUCUCACUUCUCCUGGGCCAAGGAGGCGGAGGACCGCAGCCGGCUCUGGGCAGCGCGGCACAACGCCUGGUACGCUGCCCUGGCGCUGCGGCCGGGCUGCAAGGGCUAUUCCACCGACGUGUGUGUGCCCAUCUCCCGGCUGCCGGAGAUCCUGGUGCAGACCAAGGAGGACCUGCAGGCCUCGGGACUCACAGGAACCAUCGUUGGGCACGUGGGUGACGGCAAUUUCCACUGCAUCCUGGUGGUAGACCCAGAGGACCAGGAGGAGCUCCUCAGGGUCAAGGCCUUUGCAGAACAGCUGGUCAGGCGAGCACUGGCACUCCGUGGCACGUGCACAGGGGAACAUGGCAUCGGUCUGGGCAAGCGGCAGCUGCUGCAGGAGGAGGUGGGCACGGUGGGCAUUGAGACCAUGCGGCAGCUCAAGGCCACGCUGGACCCCCGAGGCCUCAUGAACCCAGGCAAGGUGCUGUGAGGGGCUCGGAGCACCUGGCCCACAAGCCCCCAGAGAGUGGCACCUCCCGUUCCGGAACCUGUUUUCCUUCCAUGGAACAGCUCUGCCUUUGCCUGGACCCUGCAGGGGUCUUCGCCAGCCCGCUAGCCCUUUCAUCCAAGCCGAGGCCAGAGAGAGGAGGGAGAAGCCUGGUCGGCCGUCUUCUCCCUGGCCCUUUUGCUGACCUCAGGAGCCUUUGGUCCAGUAAAUGGCUCAGGGUCAUUCCCGGUGAAGCUGCUUCCUCUCUGCUCGCUUACGCAUCCUGUAAGGUGGUGUGGGUCAGUCACCCCAAAGACGAGGACGACUCCCCUCCAGCUUAGCCUCCCCACUGCCAGGGCAGGAGAACAAAGGCUGGGGGCCCCAGCACCUAUAGCCCAACUCCAUCUGCCUGGUGACAGGAAUGCUCCUUUGCUGGUGGGGGAAGGGACCUUCCGCUCCACACUCAUAGACCCCCAAAAUAAACCUGAACCCCACGUGCAGUUGUCUGGAGAUGAGCAGGCAGCACCUGUGAAUGAACCCCUGUGCCUGCCCCCCCCACCUCCUCCAAGUUCUUUGUCCUUUGGCUGGUGACGUCCUCGUCCCUCAUCCUGGGCCUGCCCUCUGACUUGCUGCAGCCUGAGGAGGGGCAGCUGCUCUGCCUCUCAGAGCCCCAGGGCCUAAGGACUUGCCCAUGUCCAUCAUCACUUACCACAGACUCCCCCACUGAGCCCCAAGUGUACUCUAGAACAUUCUGAACAUGUCCUUCAAGUGGCUGCUACCAACCAUUGCAAAUGGAAGUGGUUUUCCUGGUACCACACCUCUCCACAGUGUGAUGUAUUAUACUACCAGCUUUUUUGCCUCAACCUCAGGCUCAGUCCACCCUGGGGCCUGCUCCUGCCUCGGUCAGGAUUCCUGAUUAGAGGACCUUGUCCGGGGUACCUGGCAGUUGUUCCCCCUAAGCCCACGAGAGGGCGCCCGACACCUCAGAGCUUAGACACCAGUAUCUGCUUGGGGCAGUGGUGCCCAACACUCACCUCUGCAGGGACCUGCAGCUCUCAGCUCUGGGCCCCCCACUUCCCAGGGUCUAGCAGGUGUCUGGAGUCCUGGAAACCAGUCUCUAAGCUCUCCACGCCCCUGCAGGUCCCAGGAGCCUCUAGUGCAGGCCCAUCUCCCUCACCCCGAGGCCUUGGCCCUUAGGAAAAGGGCUGGGCGAGGGGUGCAGGGGAGCCAGGGGCACACUCCAUCUCGCCUCACUCCCAUUCUCCCAAGCCACCUCUGAGCUCCUUCCCUGCCUCCACUCCCUCCGCCCCUCCCCACAUCUCCCCUCAGCUGUUCAGGCAGCCACUCUGGCUCCUGAGACCAGCUCGGUUCUUGGAACCCCUCCUUUCUGCUAACUUGGGGCUGAGCCCUGAGUUCGCUCCUCUGUGACGUUUCUGUCCCUUGGAUGUGCCAGGGGGUGGUGUGGGGCAAGUCCCAUGGGCCCUCCCCCACAAGCACCCAAUAAAGCGGACUCGAACCAUCUAACCAUCAGCCACCAGUGCCCUCCCCUCCACGCAGGCAGCCCACCACCAGCAGCCCCCCGGGGCAGCAUUCUGCAGGGGCAGGCUCCUCCCCUACAGGGCAGGGCUUGUCUCUGAUGUGCCCCUCAGUGCCUGGCAACUAGUAGGUGUUCAGCAAAUGGCCACUUCCCCACAAUUCUUUACUAGGAAAAACUCCAAACACGCAGGACAGUUGGAAGAACAAGUACACUGUUCACUGAAAUA